AUGAAGGCGUUGGCGCCGUUUGUCGAGGAAAAAGUUCGGGAUAAAAUCAUCGCGGACGGCGAAGCGUACGCGCCGUCGGAAAAGAUCCUCACGCCCGUGGACAACCAACCGGAGAAGAUCAAGGCCGUGCUGCGAGAGUACCAGCUCGAGGGGAUUCGGUGGAUGACGCGGAUGUACGACGACGGGUGCUCGUGCAUUCUCGCGGACGAGAUGGGCCUCGGGAAGACGCUUCAGUCGAUUUCGUUCCUCGCGUGCCUCCACGAGAUGCGAAACGUGAAAGGCCCGCACCUGGUGAUUUGCCCUCUGUCCGUGUUGUCGUCGUGGAUGGACGAGCUCCAGAAGUGGUGCCCGUCGUUCCGCGUCGUGAGGCUGCACUCCACGGACGAGAACGAGCGGCAGCGACUCAGGAAAGAGGUCGUCAUGAACGUCGGGUCGUACGACGUCGCGGUGACGACGUACGAGAUGGCGUGUAACCCGACGUUUAAUCUGACGUUGUCGCAGAAAGUCUACUGGCGGACGAUGAUCUUGGACGAGGGGCACAAGGUGAAGAUCGAAGAAACGGCCGCACAUGGGGUGUUAUCAAGGGUACACCGCCAGCACACGCUGUUACUCACGGGGACGCCGGUGCAGAAUAAUCUACACGAGCUCUACGCGAUUCUCGCGUUUUUACACCCCGACGUCUUCACCUCCGCGAAAGCGUUCGACGCGGCGUUCGACUUGGGGAGCAAAGAGCACAAGGUGGACUCCGGGACGUUAAAUCACGCGCACUUUUUGAUGAAGCCGUUCGUUUUGAGGAGGAUAAAAGGCGAGGUGGAGGUGAGUCUCCCGGAGAAGACGGAGACGAAGAUCAUGUGCCCGCUGUCGCCCGCGCAGACGUUUUGGUACCGUCGGCUGUUGAUGCGCGAGAGCGGCGCGCUGAACGAGGCCGAGUCGGCGAUGUUGAGGAAACACAGCGGCGGCGGCGGUGGGGGCGGCGACGGCGCGAAGUCCUCCGAGGGCGGCGGCGGCGGCGGCGGCGGCGGCGGCGGCGAGAAGAAGCUUCAGUCGCUCCUCAUGCAGCUUCGGAAGUGCUGCAACCAUCCGUUCUUGUUCGCGGGGACGGACGUCCCCGAGGACGGCGUUCCGAUCGAGGAGCUCGUCGAAGCGUCCGGGAAGCUCGCGGUCCUCGAUCGCAUCUUGAGACGGCUGAAAGACGCCGGUCACAGGGUCGUUCUGUUCUCGCAGUUCACGUCCAUGCUCGACAUUCUGAGCGAUUUUUUAACCCUCCGCGGGUAUCAGGCGCGUUCUAUACACUGGUUCCCAUACGACCGCUACGCGAGACUCGACGGCAGCACGAACCGCGUGCAGCGAUCCGUGGACAUCGCGGCGUUCAACCGCCCAAACUCACCGAUGUUUGCGUUUCUCUUAUCCACGCGCGCGGGCGGCCUCGGCGUCAACUUACAGACCGCGGACACGUGCAUCCUGUUCGACAGCGAUUGGAACCCGCAAGUCGACACGCAAGCGAUGGCGCGCGUGCAUCGCAUCGGGCAGAAGAAACCCGUGCACGUGUAUCGCCUCAUCACCGCGGACUCGGUCGAAGAGCGCAUGCAGCAGCGCGCGGAGAAGAAGCUCUUCUUGGAGCAGAUGGUCAGCCGCGGCAGCACGAAGCAAGCGGAGGAGCUCGGCAAGCUGGAAAACAACGAUCUGUACGGGAUGUUGCGCUUCGGCGUUGAC